UCCUAGAUGAUACAAAUGACUUGACUUCACACUUCACCCCCUCCCCACACCUUCCUUUCCUCUCUCUCCUUUUGUUCCUUUCCCCAGGUCUUCUUGGAAAAGAAAACUCCUUCUUCCUCUGUCAUUUUCAUCUCUAAUUUCGUACACAUACCUCUUCCUCCUAUUCUUCAACUUUGCUUCAUAUGCAUAUAUAUUCAUUUCCUUAGCUAGACCCUAGUUGAGUUAAGCAAGUGAUGGAAGCAGUUUACAGGUUGAAACCUCUUUUGCCUUGUCCAGAAGACGUGUUUAGAGCUUCUGAAAUGCGUCCAAGUUGUUACCUGCAGCUAGAAGCACCGCAACAGAAUGCAACCGACUCUAAUAUGUCGGAUCGGAUGAUGAAGAUCCAGAUCGCCAAUCACCCUCUUUAUCCAGAUUUACUCUCUGCAUAUAUAGAAUGCCAAAAGGUUGGAGCACCACCAGAAGUUGCAUCCCUUCUUGAAGAAAUAGGUCGAGAAAGCCACCGCAUGAAUGCUCGCCGUCAGAUAGGGGAUGGUCCUCAACUUGAUCACUUCAUGGAAACAUACUGCGAACUUCUUCAUAGAUACAAGGAGGAGUUGUCGAAGCCCUUCAGUGAAGCGACUUUGUUUUUGGGAAACAUGGAAUCACAACUCAGCAACCUUUGUAAUGGAACACUAACAAUAACAAAGUCGCCGGAUAAUAUCCGCUCCGAUGAGGUAGCAAGUGGAGCAUCAGAUGAAGAAUUAAGUUGUGGGGAGAUUGAAGCAGUUGAAGGUCAUCGUGUAUCUUCUUCUGUAAGUUGUCCAGGUGAUCAAAAGAUUAAAGAGAUGCUCCUUCGCAAAUAUAGUGGCCAUUUUAGUGGUUUGAGAAAGGAAUUUCUAAAACAAAGAAAAAAGGGUAAGCUACCAAAGGAUGCAAGGAUAGCAUUGAUGGACUGGUGGAACACACAUCAUAGAUGGCCAUAUCCUACGGAGGAGGAGAAAGUAAAGUUAUCAGAAAUGACUGGAUUGGAUCAAAAGCAGAUCAAUAAUUGGUUCAUCAAUCAGAGGAAAAGGCAUUGGAAACCAACUGAGGAUAUGCGAUUUGCCGUUAGUGGCAGCAUAGGAGGACCUGUGUUACUUUAGUUAUAUCUCAACUUGUACCCUCUGCACGAUUAAUGUAUACAUUCCAUCGUCAACAUGAUAUACUAAAUUUUGGCUUCCGCAUUACUCUUUGACAAAUACCUUCGGCUAAUAUAUUUAUUAAAGUUGUAGCUAUGGUAGUGUAGUGCGUCAUUGAUGUUGUUCAGUGUCAGUAUUCCUGAAUCUUGGAUUAUUUUACAACAAUGUCAUGCCAAAGAAAGAAGGAUCUUCCUCUUGAAAGCUGCUCUUUCAUUGUAGUAUAUCGCAAAAAAGUACUGAGCUAAGAGUGAUUAUUAAUUAUUGGUAUGAAUGAUGUUACAUAUAUUACAGCAA